AUGGAAGAUAUAGACCCGUCUCGUUCAUCACCUACACCAAUCACCGUCCUCCUGAACUUGCCCUAUCGAGUUGUUUCCAUUGUUUCGGGUGCUUUGAAUGAUGCAGCUGCAAAGAAGUACGAUCUGGAAGAACAUUUCCCUGCCUCAAAUGCAUACAGAGAGCUGGUUUCAUGCUCAAACUGUACCCACUUCCAGUCUAGAAAAUUGGAAAUUCGAUUUGGGCAGAAAAAGAGCAAUGAACAAGGGAAACAAUACUGUCACCUGCUAAACUCAACCCUAACAGCAACAGAGAGGACCCUUUGUUGCAUCCUUGAAAAUUAUCAGCAGGAAGAUGGUGUUGAGAUUCCGACAGCUUUACAACCAUUCAUCCCGUUUCAGGGCCGACCUUCAAGAGAAGCAGGAAAAGGGCCAGUUUUGGUAACAAGGCCUAAAGGAAAUAAAUUACUCGUUUUACUGAAUGUUGGUUUUAUAUGCAUGGUUGUACUGUAUGCCAUUCUUUUUAGGCCAUGAUUGACGACUAGAUUUUGGUUUUGCGGUAAGCCAAAAGUUACUUGUGUCACCGAUAGCAACAUCUAGG